AUGAGCGACAGUCCACGUAAACGAGAUAUGAUGAAGACGUACUUUUCGCAGAAGUACGAUAAAGUGCUGGACUCACUUUUGGUUGCUGACACAACUGCGGCGUUAGCAUGUGCUGCUGGGGUCAAUUCACAUCCAAAGAAAAUACCUAACAUGGAGGUAGUACAAGGCAUAGCUAGUUCAUUGUUCAAUGCAUCGAUAGAGAGGUUGAAAGUAGAAAAAGAUGGGUCCUUGCCGUCCAGUAUAGCAGAUACGACAGAGAGUUCAGAUGAUUUUUGGAAAGAUGAAAACUUUAGGCAGGAAAUAGAUGCAGAAAGCCAUAUAACAACUAUGGAUUCUGUAGAGAAGACUGCAGUAAAGAUUGAAAAUAAGACUAGAGAACAUUUUGUGGAUUUAUUCGUUGAGAAGCUUAUCACUAAGAUGAUACCAGACAGAUUGCCCGAAAGAGAGCAUUUUGGAGAAUUAUCAGAGGAAGAGAAACGCAAGUCUCAGACUGUGUCUGCUACCGUUCUUACAAAAAAUCUGAAGAAAUUGACACCGAAGAUGGGAGAGGUCUUUGAAUUUCAAGAUUCUGUUGUGCGUUUGCUAACUUGGAGAAAUUCGUCUGGAACGGUCACCAUGUUGAUUCUUUGCACAAUGAUUUGCUAUAAUCCAAUGAAUUUGAUCACAAUGCCACUGCUAUACAUCGCCUUUGGGCUCAUGGUCCCCGGAUAUAUGCAAAGACAUCCACUUAGAAGAACUCUGUAUCCUGUCAGGAAAGUUUAUGGAAGAUCACUGUUGAAGGAUAUCACAGAUAGUGGCACAGGGAGAGCUUGGCAUCCGCCGGGUGCUAUUCAGGAAUAUUCGUACGGAGCUCAGACGAACGAUAGCGAUUCGCCCUCUUUGGAAGAUCCAUUGAGCAACGGAGUUGAAUUUGUAGCAAAUUUGCGUGAUAUUCAAAGUGCCACUACCGCAACAGUUGCAUUUUCAGAAUCGCUGGAAAAAUUCGUAUAUGGUACUGCUGGUUUCAAAAAUGAACGGUACUCUACUGUGGUCUUUCUCAAAUAUAUAUUCUGGUUCUGCUUUUUAGGCAUUGUAUCCAAGUUUAUCAAUUGGAGUCUGGUACUCAGCUUUUGGAUUUGGUAUAGUAUGAUUAAAUCGCAUCCAAAAGUUAAGAAGAUGCUCGGGCCAUUCAAACAGAAUGCCAAACAAGAGGUCGCCAAAACAAAGAAAAGCGAUGGUUUGGUACUUGAUGAGCCUCCCGAAGCAAAAUUUGUUGAAGUUUAUGAGAUAUAUCAACAAGGUAUAACGCCGCGCCAUUGGGAGUUUUAUAAGUAUUCCAAUCAGGUGUUUGAUCCUUUGGACAAAUACAGAAAGUUGCAGCAACCGCCUCCGGGAGUAUUUUGCUUGGACGAAAUCCAUCCUCCAAAGACGUGGACAUUUGAUGAGAAUUCUAAAUGGGAAGUUGAUUACAAUGUUGAAAAAUGGGCAACAGAGAGAGGUCUCAAGUACAGCAUGGAUGAGGAGUUUCUUGUGGACGACUCAUUUAAGAGACGUAGGCUAGCUCGGAGAGUCCUCAGAUACGCCAGUCCUGCGCCUAAACCUUCAUAUAAGUACAAGAAAUAG